GGAAAAAAAAAUUAUCGAAUUUGUUUGGCGGAAAAAAAAAUUAUCGAGCUCUAGAUAGAAUGGAUAGCGAUCACGAUGACAGGACCCUAGAAGAUAUUAACACCGUUUUGGAAUAUGCAAAAUUAGAAUCUUGUGAUGUUAAGCCAACAGUACAGUGUAUUUAUUUUUCUGAACACCUUGACAAUCAGUCGUUCAAGCUUUUGGAGGUGAAUGAUACAGUGCUGGAAACCUUAACAAAUGGAGAUAGGGUAGUAAUUCGAGGGAACUCAGAGGACAUGGCAGUGCUUUGCACUAAAACUGCCACUUUUGAAAUGAAGGAGGCAGAGAUUUCAAAUUCUAUGUUGAUUGUUCCACAACUAGAUAUUGGUCAGGAUUUGGAUGAUUCAGGUCCCCAGAUCAUCAAGGUUUCAAAGGUGACAUCUGUGAUGAAUAACUACUAUGAGCUAAGACCAUGCAAGCCAAAGGUAUCAAAACUAAAGAAACUACUGGAGGAGAACAUGUAUAGUGGUAGAGAGUGUGAACAAGAUGAGGAACAUCAGGGUCAUAAGUAUUCAUUUGAGGAUUUGCUGAACAUUGUUCAAGGAAGUGAAACAGAAAUUAAAGAAUCUUUGAAGAAACUUCAGGCUUGUCAAAUAGAAGGUAUGUGGAGGGUGUUAGAUUUUGAUUUUUUGACACAAGUAUUAAACCACAUCAUACAGCUGUGUGAGGAAAAUGACUGGUUAUCCACAGGGAUACCACUGGAUGAGUGCUGUGAAACUCUGCAAGAACUCUUCCCAAGGGAAGUGAUUACUCAUGUUAUAGAGUGUUAUGCUGAUGAAAUGAAAUCAGGGCAAGGGGACCAGGAUCCAGAGGACCAGCCAAUGGAAAUAGAUGCCAAGUUUUACGCUUUAAAUGAAGACAAAAUCUGUCAAUUCUUUGCAGAACUUAUUUUAAGAAAUUCAGGAAAGUUCAAUUUAAAAGAGUUUCUGAGAGUAUGGGAACAGACUGUUCCACAAGGCAUGAAGACAAGUUUAUCUCAGCUGGAGGGAAGGGCCCUCAUAGACAGGGACUGUAUGCCAGAGGUUAUUUGGUAUUUCCCAGUGGAUGAUCUACCAGAGGAUAUUGGAGAGAGGUUCAACAUGUUGUUCAAAACACGAGAGAAGUGGAUCUUAUCGGAGAUCACACCUUAUAUCAGGGACUUAACUACAAUUAAAGUUGAUGUUGGUGGACUACUUACAAAAUAUGCAAGAGCUUCCAUGUUAAAUGGCAUAAAAGUUUUCAGUUCACGGAAACCUGUCACUUGAAUCAUAAACAAUGCUUAAAAAGAUAUGUUUCGUUAUUGUACAAUUCAUGAAAUAAACAAAAUAUUUUCCAA